AUGGAGGAUUCGGGCAUCCAGCGAGGCAUCUGGGAGGGAGAUGCCAAGGCUGUCCAGCAGUGUCUGACAGAUAUUUUUACCAGCGUUUACACCACCUGCGACAUCCCUGAGAAUGCUAUAUUUGGUCCCUGCGUCCUGAGCCAUACUUCCCUGUACGACAGCAUAGCUUUCAUAGCUCUCAAGUCCACAGACAAGAGAACGGUCCCUUAUAUCUUCCGGGUAGACACCUCAGCGGCGAAUGGUUCCUCGGAAGGUCUCAUGUGGCUGCGUCUGGUCCAGUCAGCCAGAGAUAAAGAAGAGCAGAACCUUGAAGCCUAUAUAAAAAACGGACAGCUGUUUUACCGCUCUCUCCGCAGGAUUGCCAAAGAUGAGGAGUUACUAGUUUGGUACGGGAAAGAGCUGGCCGAGUUACUCUUGCUCUGCCCCUCUAGAUCCCACAGCAAAAUGAAUGGGUCGUCCCCUUACACAUGCCUGGAGUGCAGCCAACGUUUCCAGUUUGAGUUCCCCUAUGUAGCGCAUCUGCGCUUCCGCUGCCCCAAGAGACUUCACGGCGCUGAUCUGAGCCCCCGAGAGGAGCAAGGCGGCGGCGUGGGUACCAAGGAUCACGGAGGCGGCGGCGGUGGCAAGGACCAACAGCAGUCGCAGGAGGCACCCUUGGGUCCCGGCCCAAAGUUCUGCAAAGCCGGUCCGGUCCACCACUACCCGGCCCCCUCCCCCGAGAGCGGUAACCCGCCAGCGGCUGGUGGCGGCAGCGGCGCGAAGCCGUCCACGGACUUUCACAACCUGGCGCGGGAGCUGGAGAACUCCGGGGGCGCCAGCAGCUGUUCCCCGGUGCGUAGCCUCGGCGGCGGCAGCGGCCACCAGGAGGCGGAGCUGAGUCCCGACGGCACCGCCGCGGGCGUGGGCAAAGGGAAGAGGAAGUUCCCGGAGGAGGCGACCGAGGGCGGCGGCGCGGGGCUGGUGGGGGGCCGGGGCCGCUUCGCCGAGCGGGCCCUGCCCGCCUCCAAGGAGGACCUGGUGUGCACGCCGCAGCAGUACCGCAACUCGGGCAGCUACUUCAGCCUGGAGGAGAACGGCCGCCUCUUCGCGCCGCCCAGUCCCGAGACGGGAGAGGCGAAGCGCAGCGCCUUCGUGGAGGUGAAGAAGGCGGCCCGGGCGGCCGGCGGGCCGGAGGAGGCGGCCGCCGACGGCGGGGGAGCGGCCGCCGAGGAGCAGGACGCGGGCGGCGGUGGCGGCUCCUCCUCCACGCCCGUGGCCGCGUCCCCGGCCGGCACCGAGAAGCUGCUGGCCCCGCGGCCCGGGGGCGCGCUGCCAGGCCGGCUGGAGGGCGGCAGCCCGGCGCGGGGCAGCGCCUUCACCUCGGUGCCGCAGCUGGGCGGCGCGGGCGGCGGCGGCGCGGGCGGCGGCGGGGGCGCUGGGGGCGGCGCGGGAGGGGCGGGCGGGGGCCAGGGCGCAGCGGCGGACGAGCGCAAGAGCGCCUUCUCGCAGCCGGCGCGCUCCUUCUCGCAGCUGUCCCCGCUGGUGCUGGGCCAGAAGCUAGGCGCUCUCGAGCCGUGCCACCCCGGCGACGGGGUGGGCCCCACCAGACUGUACCCCGCCGCCUCCGACCCGCUGGCCGUGAAGCUCCAGGGAGCGGCGGAGCUGAACGGAGGUUGCGGGGCCCUGCCGAACGGCGGCGGCGGCGGCGGGCUGCCCAAGCAGAGCCCGUUCCUCUAUGCCACCGCCUUCUGGCCCAAGAGCUCCGCCGCCGCGGCGGCCGCAGCGGCGGCGGCCGCGGGGCCCCUGCAGUUGCAGCUGCCGUCGGCGCUCACGCUGCUGCCGCCCUCGUUCACCUCACUGUGUCUGCCCGCGCAGAACUGGUGCGCCAAGUGCAAUGCCUCCUUCCGCAUGACCUCCGACCUAGUGUACCACAUGAGGUCGCAUCACAAAAAGGAGUACGCUAUGGAGCCCUUGGUGAAGCGGAGGCGGGAGGAGAAACUCAAGUGCCCCAUUUGCAACGAGUCUUUCAGGGAGCGCCACCACCUCUCCAGGCACAUGACCUCGCAUAAUUGACACGGAAAGGACCUCCGCUUUCCGCGCGCGCGCGCACGCACGGUCAAACCACCUGCAGGAACAAACACGCGAGGACACCCACCACCUCCUUGUGACCGAAAACAUCACACCCGGAGACACUCGCGCACACACGGGCACACACACGUGGUCUCCCCCAACCCUUACAUCCAGAUGUUUACUUGUGACCUACACCACACACACACACCCACACCCACACCCACACACACACACACACACACAGACAGGAUGGUGGAUUUUUGAUCGGGUGGGUUGUUUGAAGGGUUUUCUUUUGAAUGCACGCAUUUUCACUUUCCCAAAAACAAAGGUACAUUUUUAAAAAUGUCGUAUAUUGCAACAUAUUGAUGCAUUUGUCAUACGUUUCUACUUAAAUUAUUAAGCACUUACGGUUUAGA